UAUAAAUAGAGUAGAGAUAUCUUAAAUAAAAUAUGAUCAAUUCAAGAGAGUGGAAUACAAAGAAUGGAACAGUGACUCUUUAAUGUAUAAAAGAGCUGUGGUGCUUUAUUUAAGUCUGUUACAUUUGAAAGAAUAGGCUGAUGUCGAUUCUGAAGACGUUGGAGGUUACAUAGCUUCCUGUUCUCAACUGUAAACCAGCAUUCAACCAGGAUCCACCAGAGAUCUAUGCAGGCAGAGCAAGCCAGACCUGGGACCGCCCUGGACCGACUGAUUCAGCACAUGGUCGUGAAAGAUCUACUGAAACAUGCAAGAAAAAUGUCAGCCUAUGUUGACGGGGGCCCUGGUGGUGAUGGCCAUAGCCCUGCUGUGCUCAGUGUGCGUCAACAUUGUUCAAUACUACCUCAGACAAAGGAAAAACUCAAAGACAGACAGUAUCGAGAGGAGGUAUCAAAGACAGAGUUCCAGCUCUAGUAUGGAGAAUGGAGUCUAUCGCUUUCACGAUGAUAUCCCCGAGCAUCAAGAGAAUCCUAUUUAUGGAAACAUUCUCAAAGUAAGAAGAGUGAAAGGGUGCACUGCGCCGCGGGAAUCGAUGACCCUGCAGCAUGCACAAGGCAACAAGCCCUCAGAGUCCCACAUGAACUACGCCUCCCUGGACCUCAAGGAGACCAAGCGGGGCCACAAGAAGAAGAACGGCGUGCACCCGGGGCCCACCGGGGACCCCCGCCCGGACCUCCAGGCCACCCUGCUCCGGCCCCCCGGGGAGGCAGAGGAAGGCCGGCUCUCCUCGGGGGGGGGCGGCAGCCCCGGCCCCUCCCACAGCAGCAUCUACCUCAACAGCCAUCAGAUUGCCAUGGAGACGGAGGAGCGAGGACGGGACGACGGGUGGCCCGGGACGAGCCGGCCGCCGACCUGGGGCGCCGACGGGGACUGGCCGCUCCGGAACGGCGCCUGGGGGCCGGCGGGGGAGAGGGAGAGUGGGGAGGAAGAGGAGGGAGAGGGGGGAGAGGAGGGAGAGGAGGAAGAGGAGGAAGAGGGGGCAGAGGGCUGGCUGGAGGCGCGGUGUUAGCGGUGUUAGCGGGGGGAAACGGAUGAGCGAGGCUCGGUCUGCCAACACUCGGAGGGAUCCUUUGAUCCCCCGCCGGGAUCACGGCGCGUCCACGAUGACGAGGGCGGCUUCCGGCUGUCUGUCUUGGCGUUUUCCCGCCUUAAGGUCAGACGACAACGGAACAAAUAAUCUGAAAUGUUUUGGCUCGCCCCUGGUAAAACCUGCUCUACGGCAGUGUGCUGUAACCUACGCUUGGUUUAUAGGGAGUAGUUCACGAGGUGAGCAGGUGUCCCCCUUGAUGUGGGACCUCACUGUUUGUCCCCCGUCCCGCAUAUCGAGACGAUGUACCGCAGGACAGGGUGUGAUCGUGGGGCAGUGUUUGAUGUGUUUUAAACCGCGCACCUGUAGUUCAAGCGCAGGUUAAUGUGUCACUACUUUUGCUGCCUGCUACACCGCGCCCAACGUCGAAUACUGCGACCCACAACAAAGUAACAAGCCAUACAGCUUUACGUUUAUUCAGUGUCACACACAGGCACGCCCUCAAGCCACAUGCGAGAAUGUGUACGUUUUGAAUUGGACAUAAAUAAAACAUUGUUAGACUAGCUUUCUGCAGCUGUACCGUGUCGCACAUUGUCCCAGCACAAACAUACUCUUUGACCCACGUCUGGUUUGUUGGGUGGUGGUCACCCAAGGCCCCCCUUCAGGGCGGGGCACGAGCAGAAGCAUAUGAAACCUACCGCCAUGGCACGCUUUUGCAAGCAGACAAAACAUUUGCCCGGUCUGGGCCAAGAUGCCAAGGUUCAGCCCUGGCGUGAAGUCGCGCAGUGAGCCGUACCAUGAGCCUGCCGAGGUGCUAGACCCGCGCUGCUCAGUGGAAACUCAACACCGGAACGCGUGUGGUCAGGCUCCUGUAUCUCAACGGUGCGGAGCGGCGGAAAUGCAGCAUGACUGGUCCAGGGAGGCCUUUGAGGGCAGGGUAGCAAAUACUACAUAUUGUAAAUAUUGUUAGUCACGGCAAUCCAUA